UUGGGGAGCACUGGGAGCGCUCAACGCUCCCAUCGCUUCCAGGUGGAGCGAAGACAGGACUUCGCGCUCCCUUCGUAAUUGGCUAUACCAUGUCCUAGAUGAUUAGCUCAGGACGCUCCCUUCGCGCCCCUCCGGGUCUGCAUGCGGCCAUAUCCGUGUCACGGGAUUCCCCGUUCCUGUUGUCAUGGUUAUGUCUUAUGCUUGCGGUUAUGCAUACGUCAUGGGGUCUGAUCAUACGUCUAUGGUCAUGCUUACGCAUAGGCGUCUGCUCCAGUACUGUGACGGGCACCACCCAAGGUCUGGUCAGCUCGCACAUACAAGAUCGAUAUUGCUACAACGAGAGCAAGAGCUAGAUGACAGGAAUGGGCGUGCCACCAGACCUUAAGUACUGGAGCAGAGGCCUAUGCGUAAGCAUGACCAUAGACGAACGGGGAAUCCCGUGACAA